AAUUAUCCAUCAACAAGGUUUUUACUCUUGCACUUCUUUCAAACCUGUUCUGAAAAAAGAUUUUCUCAAGCUGAGUUUCUAGCAAAAACAGCCUCUCUACCCCACAAGGGUAGGGGUAGGGUCUACAUACACAUCACCCUCCCCAUACCUCACUUGUGGGACUAUACUGGGUAUGUUGUUGCUGUUUGUUGUUCAUUGCAUGGACACAUCAAACCCUGCAGUCUUUGUCAAUGCUGAGUUCCUCAAGGAGCAUGUAGGACGGAGGGUUCGAACAGUGGUUCAGGUUAUUCAAUCUGAUGGUGAUAAAGUCAUUGGAAAAUCCACAGACGAAAAAGAGCUAGUUGUGAAAGGAUAUCCACCUAAUCCUCUUUCAACUUUUGUUGAAGUAAUUGGUAUUGCUGAUACCACCCAGUCUAUUCAAGCAGAAACUUGGACCAAUUUUGGUGAUACACUUGAUGUUAAUAGCUAUGACAAAGUUUGCAGACUGGCAAAUGGGGACCAUAAGCACUUGUUUAUCUAAGGAAUGGCGAUCGGAUGCUAUAAAAAGAGGAUAUGUUCUUCUUUCUGCUGCAUUCUUCCAGUGUUUCGAUGUAUUAUAGUAGUUUGAAGUAUUUUGAAAUUUUGGAUCUGCACCUUCUGUUUUAGGUAGUUCAUCAUCAGAAGUUUAGCUCUUAAUUUACUAGAUGGAAACUUGUUAUUCUUCAACUUAUGCUAUUUGAUAUUUUGAACACUAAUGUUUGUGGUUCCACUAGCUAGCUAGUCAAUUUGACUUCAAACAAACUGUGUUUCAUAAGUUGUAAGCAUGGAGUAUGUCCUACAAAAUGCUAUAGUUCUGGAAUACUCAGUUUUUUGGGGGUUUUGUCCCUACUGGUUUGUGAAAGCAAUGGGACCCUGCUGGUUUGUGAUA